AUGAGCCUGGUGGAGAAGUCAGUGGAGCACGUCUUUCUCUUCUCCGCCAGGAACGACGCGGCCAUCUCUCACUUCGCAGAGAUACAUGAGGUCCAAGAGUUCUGGAAAUGGUUCGAAUUUGUUUUCGUUCCCAUCACGUUCCUGCAAACUUCCCCCGAUGGGUCCCCUUUGGACAAGAGCGAGUGGGGCAGGCUGAUGCAGUACAACAAGAUCCUCGGCAGCAUCCGGCUCGAGCAGCGACGCGCCCGGCCCGUCGAGUGUCAGAUCCACCUCCUCGACGCCUUCUAUGGCUCUAUGCACUGGAUCGACCGGCAGACGGAGCACGUGCGGAUCGUCGUCACCCUGUACAACGGGGAGCUGAGCACCUUCACGCAGUGCUCGUUGAAGCUGAAGCUGGAGCGAGGAGGCUACGUGAAGAACGAGUUCGAGAUCGGCUCCGUCAUCCUCGACCCGUACACGCUCCACCCCGCGAGCUCGUACGGGUGGGACGCAGCGUGGUACGUGAUCCUGUGCUCGGUCAACCUGAUUCUCAUCAUGAUCCACUUCCUGGAGGUGAUCCGCGCUCAGCCGCGCCUGGCCAUCAUCGUGGAGACUUUCCUUGCGGCGUCCAACGACAUUGUGCACUUUCUGAUCGUGUUUGUGAUGAUCGAGCUGGGGUUCGCGAGCAUCGGGACGCUGCUUUUCGGGCACCAGAUCAAGGAGUUUGCGACGCUGUGGGACUCGCUGAUGACUUGCUUCGAGCUGCUU